AUUUGAAAUGUCAAUAUAGUCUGUCAUAGCAAUAUCGAUGGUGUUUUUCCGUCUUAAGUCUCUUGAUUUUGCAUAAUAAAGUCAAAAUUGAGAAACACAAACAUGAUUCGAACUAUAUUUCGCGGAGUAAUUUUUGGUCGAUACAAUGCUGUGGAACCAAGGAUAUUAGGUCGAAGUUUGUCUUCAAAAGAAUCGUCUCCGACUGAUGAAUCGGAUAUUGUUCAUUUAGAUGAUUCGGAUUUCAUCAAAAUUCCUGAAUAUCCCAUCAGGCCGAAUGAACCUUUAGAAAAUCGCAGACAAAGGCUCCUAUACCAAAGCCGUAAACGAGGAAUGCUUGAGAAUGAUUUGCUGUUAAGCACGUUUGCCGCAAAGUAUUUGAAAAAAAUGACAGAAGAACAAAUAGCCAUGUACGAUACUCUAAUAAAUAAACCAUCCAACGAUUGGGAUAUUUACAAUUGGGCAUUGGGCAGCAAACCAACACCACCAGAGUAUGAAAAUGAAAUAAUGGAAAUGUUUCGUAAACACGUGAAAAAUGACCUAAAAGAAAAGAGAAUUCGAAUGCCAGAUCUAUAAGUCAAUUUAUUUGUCAUUUUCUUGAUCAUUUUUAGUACAGUUAAUAAAUGGCCACAAAUGAAAUGAGUAGUAGGAAAAUGGGGAUUCUGGGCCAACUCUUGCGUCGACCACAUGGUUCUUGCAUCAUCCAUGCGGUAGCAAUGCGAACGCGUGCGUCAUCCUAAGAGCGAAGCCCAUACGUCGUACAUCAUUUACUCACUCGCUCACUCACACAUUCA